AUGGCGGAAACAAAUAAUACUACUUCUUUUUCAUCUUCAUCAUUCAAUGAUAUACUUAAAUCUCAGUAUAUUAGAUGUAAGAUAUUCAAUUUUAUAACAGAUAUAUCAAAGAUUGAUAAAGAGGUUUAUAGAGGUGGUGGAGGUAAUCAAGAUGAUGUACCACGUUGUAGAAAGGUUUGGUUAAAAGGUAGAGAUAUCAUAAAGUUACCUCAUCUUGGUUUGAUAUCAAAGUAUGGUAUGUCAUGGGACUUUAUCAAACAUUAUCUACCAGAUAAUAAGGAUAAACACAAAGACAAGGAUAAAGAUAAAACAUGGUUAAGAAGAAUUGAUGUGAUUACCAAGUAUUGUUCACACCGAAAUGCAACAUUGGACACUCUCAAACAUCUAUUGGAAUGGUCACCUGAUUAUGAAAAUAAGAAAGAUUUACGUAUCAAUAUUGGAUCGACAUCAGAUACAGUAAAUGCAAGUCUACCUAGUAUAUCAAGUAUUUCAAAUAGAGAUAUAUUGGAAUAUCUAAUUGAAAACUACCCAAAUAUUUGUUUGGAUGGUGUAGCUGAUAAUGCUGCCAAAUGUGGUUAUCUAGCAAUCAUAGAAUUAUUAAACUCUAGUCAAAGAGGUCGUCAACAUUUAGAUUAUUCUGAUACAAUGUGUAUAGCUUCAAAAAAUGGUCAAUUACACAUUGUACAAUAUUUACAUAAUUAUCUCCCUCGGAAACAAUCAUCAACUUCAAUGAUUGAUUUAUCUUCAACACAUGGUCAUUUAAAUGUUUUAAAGUUUCUUCAUGAAAAUAGAUCAGAAGGUUGUUCAAUGUCAGCUAUUAAUGGGGCAGCUAUGAAUGGUCAUAUUGAAGUUGUAAAGUUUUUAUAUUUUAAUAGAGAGGAUUGGAAAAGAGGUAUUCAAAAGAAUCAUCAAUUAAAUCUAAUGGAUAUUGUAUCAAACUAUGGUCAUUUUGAAAUUUUAAAGUUUUUAAAUGAAAAUAGAUCAAUUCCUGCUACAUGCUCGACAAAUUGUAUGGACUGGGCUGCAAAAAAUGGAAGAUUAGACAUUUUAGAGUAUUUACAUUUAAAUAGGACAGAGGGAUGUUCAUCUAAGGCUAUGGACAAUGCUGCUAUGAACGGCCAUUUAAAUGUAGUUCAAUGGUUACAUCGGAAUAGAAGCGAGGGAUGUAGUAAAAAAGCUUUGGAUAAUGCAUCUACUUUGGAGGUGGUUCAGUUUCUAGAUCAAUAUCGACAAGAAGGUGCAACAACUAGAGCAAUGGAUAAUGCUGCUACAAUUGGUCGAUUAGAUAUUAUAAUGUAUCUAAAUGAAAAUAGAACUGAAGGUACUUCAAUGAAUACUAUGGAUAAUGCAAUUGAAAAUGGUCAUCUUGAUAUUGUCAAAUGGUUAGUUGAAAAUCGUAGUGAAGGAGGUUCAGGACGUGCAAUGAGUAAGGCAAUAUUUGCAAAUGCAAGUUUUGAAAUGAUCCAUUAUAUUCAUGAAAACUUGAAACAAGUUGGAUAUUUGACCCCAACCACUGCUGCAAGGAUUGGUCGAUUGGAUAUCAUUGAAUUUCUAGAUAAAUAUUAUGGUGAUAGUGGUGGUACAUGGACAAAUGAAAUUAUGGAUAUGGCAGCGGCCGUGGGACAUUUAGAAAUUGUUCAAUAUCUUCAUCAGAAUCGUACUGAAGGUUGUACUCUGAGUGCUAUUGAAAAAGCAGCAGAAUAUAAUCAUUUAAAUAUUAUUAAAUUUUUAUAUUUGAAUAAAAGUGAAGAAAGUAUUGAAAAAGCAUUGGAUCAAGCAAUUGUAAAUGGACAUUUAGAGAUUGUUAGAUGGAUCAUUGAAAACUGUACAAGACCAAUUAUCAAGAGCCCUAAUCCUCUAUUAGAACCUCCAUUCUUUAAAAUACAGGUAGUUUAUGCAUUUGAAAUAUUUACUUUUUUAUUGCAACAUGAUAUGAUUGACACGACUCUAAUCAACAGUCAAUACAUUAAGAAUAUGUAUUCUCGUCAUCAUUUUGAAUUGGUCCAACUUUGUAAUUCAUUAUUAAAUAUAAAUACAAAAAUUGGAAAUUAA